UAGUUUUUUCCUGUUUCUCAAUAUUUAUCCAUAGUUUAUUUGCUUUUGAAAGACUUUCUAAAUUAAAAAAUUACACUUCACGGUUAUCAUAACCGAAGCGUUUCCUUGCGCCAACAACCGCAUACAUUUAUAAAUCAAUUACAAACAACGCACCUCAUACGUCAUUGCUAUUUCUGUCGCUAUGGAACAAAAACAACAAAAACAAGCUGCGGUCGAAGCGGGAGCAUCUACACAGACCCAGACCCAAGUUGAUGAAGAGCUGGACAUUGAUGACAACAUGAAGCAUUGUUUUGACAACCUAAUUGUCAUCGAUGUGGGUGCAAAUUUGACUAACAAGAAAUAUAGCCGUGAUCUAGAUUCGGUGGUACAAAGAGCAAGAGACGCAGGUGUUCAGAAACUUAUGGUGCAUGGCACAUCGGUAAAAUCAAGCAAGGAAGCGCUGCGCCUUUCGCGCAUAUAUCCCGACAUAAUAUAUUCGACUGCUGGCAUACAUCCCCACGACUCGAAGUCAAUUGUGGAGGAGCCGACCACAUGGUUUGACUUCGAACACAUUGCACAGGCGACGGAGUGCGUUGCUUUGGGCCCCUGUGGUCUGGACUAUCAGCGCGAUUUCUCCGAGCCGGAGGUGCAGAAACAGAUUUUCGUAAAACAGUUGCAACUGGCAAUUCGUUUAAAUAAACCUCUUCUGAUACAUGAGCGUUCGGCGCAAAACGAUUUACUCGAAAUACUCGACAAAUUCGAGAAUCUUCCGCCUGUGAUCGUUAGAGGUUUUAUGGGAACAGCUGAGGAGGCACUGAAGUACCUGGAGCGCAGAUUCUACAUUAGUUUGACUGGUUACUUGUGCAAAGAUAAAUCCGAUUCUGGCGUACGAAAGUUGCUAGAAAACGGAUCUUUACAUUUGGAUAGAUUGCUGGUGGAAACCGAUGCACCAUUUAUGUAUCCAAAUACGAGAGCAUCCAAGCUGCCGCAACACGUCAAGACUGGAAUAACCGAACGUUCUCUGUUGUACUUACACAGAUAUUGCACUUUUCAACGUAACGAGCCAUGUAGCUUACCCGCCAUUGUGGAAAUGAUCGCUGCAUUCAUGAAGAAAACUCCCGAUGAGGUGGCUUUGGCCACAGCCUUCAAUGCCCUGAAGCUUUUCGGUCUGUCAUAAUUGGUGCCAUUUGCAACUGAAAAGGAUGGUGCAGCUGCUAAUCGCGACGAAUAGGUGUGCCAAUAAGCAGCUUUAAAAUAUUUUAAACGAGCCUGAGAUUCAACAGAGACUCACCAUGUGCCUUAAAAAACGAUACGAAUUUAGGAUGCGCGCUCGUGCAUUCUAAACUAAGCACCUAAACAUACACACCCACACACUAUAUACGAACUAUAUAUACUCUACGACACAGUCGCAUGCGAUUUGGUGAAUGUAAAACAUAUACAUGCAUGUAUACUCACUCUCCCCUAAAUGAAUAGUGAAUUCUCGAUCGAUCGAAUUCGCUACCUACCUUUAAGUUGGAAUUU